GUCUUACCCUUUAUUCUUUCCAAGAGGGGAGAUUGGUUGGCAUCCCGAAAUCCCAAAGAAUGGCGUCAACUUGAAUGAGAUACUUCAAUCUCGUCGCAGUGGUCGACAUAGUCUAGGUACAUAUACAAAUAGUCGAUUAUGCGUAUCUGUUAGAGACUACUAUUGCUACAAGUUUCAAAUACGUCGUGGUGUAUUUAACACCAUGCUAUACGGUAAACGACUGUUCCAACAGUAUGUGGUUGAUAUGUACAUCAAGGUUGAAAGCUCAAGAUUGGACUAUAUCAGAAAUCACCAGAAACAAAUACGUGCUAAUCUAUACCAAGGUGUUGUUGAUAGCCUUCAAGCUGGGGAAAACCGUGCGGAUGAAGUGGGCAAAUGGACUAUACUUCCUACAUCAUUUAUUGGGGGAAAAAGAGAUAGGAGACGAAGGUAUCUUGAUGCCAUGGCCUUGGUGCAAAAGUAUGGGAAACCAGAUAUAUUUUUAACCAUGACUUGCAAUCCAAAUUGGGAUGAGAUAAUUAGUGAGCUAGAGCCUGGACAAACCCCAUAGGAUCGCCCUGAUCUUAUCGUACGAGUAUUUCGAGCAAAGUUGGAAGACCUCAAGAUACAACUUUUUAAGAAGCACAUGCUCGGUAAGGUAGCAACAUAUGUGUAUGUCGUUGAGUUUCAGAAAAGAGGUCUACCACAUGCUCAUUUCCUCCUAAUCAUGAAGGGGAGGUACAAGCUAACUUGCCCAGAGCAAUAUGACUGUCUAAUAUCUGCUGAAUUGCCAGACAAAUCCAAGUACCCAGAGUUGUACAAAAUGGUCGUCAAGCACAUGAUGCAUGGCCCUUGUGGAGUCCUCAACCCCAAGAACGUGUGCAUGCAAAAUGGUAGCUGCAAGAACUACUAUCCACAACCAUUUAAUGCGUCAACCCUUCAGGGAAAGGACUCAUAUCCCAUAUACCGGAGGAGAGAUGAUGGACGUCGUGCGAAGGUACGGGGUGAAGAUUUAGACAAUAGGUGGGUUGUUCCAUACAAUCCUUACCUACUAAGAAGGUAUAACUGCCACAUCAAUGUUGAGGUUUGCUCAAGCAUAAAAGCUGUGAAGUACCUCUUUAAAUACAUAUAUAAGGGGCAUGAUCGAGCAUCUGUUUCUAUCGACGCGGUGGAUAGUGACGGAAACAUUGAUGAAAUAAAGAAAUACAGAGAUUCCAGAUGGGUUACACCACCAGAAGCAUUAUGAAGGAUCUAUGGUUUUGACCUUAGUGAGAUAUUUCCUUCUGUUAGGCAGCUACAACUCCACCUCCCUAAUAUGCACAUGGUGUCAUUCCCGGCGGGCGCAAAUCUGAAUGAUGUCCUCUCCCAGGAAGGAGCUUCCAAGACCAUGCUAACCGAGUAUUUUGAAGCAAACAAGAAGUAUGAGUUGGCCCGGGGAAUUUUAUAUAAGGAUUUUCCGGCAUCUUUUAUUUGGAUCUCGGGUGGAAAGUAUUGGAAAAGGAGGGAUGAACGCACACAGAUCGGGAGAAUUGUGUCUGCUCAUCCAGCCGAAGGGGAGAGGUAUUAUCUUAGAGUGCUUCUAAACCAUGUCACAGGUGCUACAUCUUUCCAAGACCUAAGGACAAUGGAUGGUAUUGUUUUCCCGACAUUUCGUGAAGCUGUUGAAAGGAGGGGUCUUAUCGAGUCAGAUAAUACUAUUGACGAGUGUCUUAAUGAAGCUGAGGUUUUUCAGAUGCCAUCUUCCCUUUGAAGGCUAUUUGCCACUAUAUUGGUCUUUUGUGAGCCCAGCAAUGUGCGUGGUCUAUGGGACAGGCACUUGGAAGCUAUGACAGAAGACUAUCGACUAAACCACAUGUCCCCUCAUGCAGUUGAGCAGAUGGCUUUGUUAGAUAUAAAAAGUAUGCUUGAAUCGAUGGGGAAGGACAUAUCAUCAUUCCCUCUUCCAGAAAUUGAUGAGUCGUAUGAUGGCUCAAAUAACGAGGCUAGGGAGAUCACAGAGGAGUCGACGAUAGGGGUGAACCCAGAACACCUUGGCUUUUCAUCUUUCCUAAACCCAGAACAGAGAUAUGCAUAUGAUGAGAUACUUGCAACAAUCAAUAGUGGCCAAGGAGGUGUGUUCUUUGUUGAUGGACCAGAAGGCACUGGAAAGACUUAUCUAUACAAAGCACUACUUGCAAAAGUACGUGGUGAGGGUAAAAUAGCUAUUGCAACAGCGACAUCAGGCGUUGCUGCAUCCAUCUUGCCCGGCGGGAGGACUGCACACUCAAGGUUUAAAAUACCAUUGAACAUUGAAGAUGGUGGAGUUUGCAGCUUCACCAAGCAAAGUGGGACAGCUAAGCUUCUUAUGAGCGCCUCCCUCAUAAUUUGGGAUGAGGCCUCCAUGACAAGGAGACAGGCAGUCGAGGCCCUUGAUAAUAGCAUGAGGGACAUCAUGGCUCAACCUGACCUGCCAUUUGGCGGAAAGACUGUCGUGUUUGGGGGAGAUUUCAGACAAGUGCUUCCUGUUGUUCGCAAGGGAACAAGGUCACAAAUAAUUGACGCGACGCUACGCAAGUCUUACCUUUGGGAGAGUAUGAGACAUAUAAGACUUGUCCGUAAUAUGAGGGCUCAAAGUGAUCCAUGGUUUGCUGAUUAUCUUCUGCGUGUUGGGAAUGGCACCGAAGAUACUAUGGAUGAUGGUUACAUACGAUUCCCAGAUGAGAUUUGUGUACCAUAUACCGGCGUUGCCUCUGAUAUUGACAAGCUUAUUGAAAGUGUUUUCCCGAUGACGCUAGAUGAAAACCUCUUGGAUCCAAACUACAUAACGUCCCGAGCAAUUCUAUCAACUCGGAAUGAGUAAGUUGACAAAAUCAA